AACUCACAAUCAGUUAGUCUCGAGCCGUCACGGCGAGUGUAUCGUAGAGGGGAGGUAUUAGACGCCUUCUUUGUUUCCCCACCGGUUUUUCCUACCGUAGACUUUGUUAUCGGAGUACAGACCGGUGCUCCUAAAAGCCGCGACGCGUUGCGCAUACUCGGGAGUGCAUCGCGACACGUGCAGCAGUGCGGAUCAAACGUCGUGCUCGUCAUUGUCGAUUUCCUACGCUUCAGAGCAGGAUACGCUUCAGCUCGAGAUGCGCUUCGCUGCACUUCAAGACUAACUAGCUUAGUGUCCGGAAAAGUUUCCUCGAAGAAGUAUCGUGAAAUUGAGCGCGCGGCACCGUGCAAUGCAGUGAUAAAUAUCGUGGAACACGGAAUUCUCGCGUGUUACUCCCGUCAAUUUCGAAACGUAGCGACGGAUACGUGUGCAUCUAAAUAAAUCUCGGAUUUCGAGAAAACGAAAGUACACAAUCACAUUGAAAGAUGAAGCUUGAGGGAAACUGCUCGACGGAGGAUGACACCAAUGGAAUUUUAUUGCAACCUAGGAAGAGCUCGGCGGUGCGGCUGCAGAUCGUCGCGGCGCAGCCGAAGACGAUCACGCAUCUACCAAAGAGGCCACCGGUCGACUUGGCGUUUACUGACCUCACAUAUAAAGUUCGAGAAGGCCGCAAAAAUAAUGUAAAAACAAUUCUGAAAUCCGUCAGUGGCAGGCUGCGGUCCAGCGAGCUGACGGCUAUUAUGGGCCCUUCUGGCGCGGGAAAGUCGACGCUCUUAAAUAUUCUCACCGGAUACAAAACGUCAGGUACGGAGGGCAGCAUUACGAUAAAUGGUACCGAGAGAGACCUCAGUGCCUUUAGGAAGAUAUCAUGCUACAUCAUGCAAGAUAAUCAGCUUCACGCGAAUCUAACGGUAGCAGAAGCUAUGAAAGUUGCAGCAAAUCUUAAGCUUAGCUCACAAGUUAACAAAACGGAGAAGGAUGAAGUGAUUCAGGAAAUUCUUGAAACUCUUGGCUUGUCGGAACAUCGUCACACCAUGACCUCAAACUUGAGUGGUGGUCAGAAAAAAAGACUUUCCAUCGCCUUGGAGUUGGUGAAUAAUCCCCCCAUAAUGUUUUUCGACGAGCCAACUAGCGGCCUGGACUCCUCGUCUUGCUUCCAAUGUAUAUCGUUGUUGAAAACUCUAGCUCGAGGCGGUAGAACGAUAAUCUGCACCAUUCAUCAGCCCAGCGCGAGACUUUUCGAAAUGUUUGAUGCUCUCUAUACAUUAGCCGAAGGUCAAUGCAUUUAUCAAGGUUCUACAUCACAACUAGUGCCCUUCUUAGCAACAAUUGGCCUUAAUUGUCCGAGUUAUCACAACCCGGCGUCGUUCAUCAUCGAGGUGUCAUGCGGCGAAUACGGUGAUAAUAUUAAGAACUUGGUAAACGCAAUAAACAACGGCAAGUACGAUAUACGCGAUGGACAACCGUUUCCCGAGACGAAGGAAGGAAUGAACAAUUGCACCGCCUCGACGGGAAUUUUGAAGAAUGGCGACACCGCCAUGGAGAAAGCAAAAAUCAAAGAUAAGAAUGACGUCAGUAAUUUGGAGGAAAAAUUCCCGGAAGACAAAUCGAACGACAUUACUAAUGGAAAACUCAUCUCCGACUACGCUACGAAUGAUAUUGCUAAGCAAGCGAUAGAUGUGGCAAUAUCUGUGGACAUCGAUAAAAAAGACAAUACUAAUGUUGCCCUACUCGAUGAAUCGAUUAUAGUGACGCCGGAGAGAUAUCCUACAUCCGAAUUUUCGCAGUUUUAUAUUAUACUGAAGCGUGCUUUGCUCUUCAGUCGUAGAGAUUGGACACUAAUGUAUCUCCGGCUCUUCGCUCACCUUCUUGUAGCGUUCUUAAUCAGUGCGCUGUACUACGAUAUCGGAAACGACGGCGCUAAAGUACUUAGCAAUCUGGGAUUCCUGUUUUUCAACAUGCUGUUUCUUAUGUACACUUCCAUGACAAUCACUAUUCUAUCCUUCCCGCUGGAAUUGCCUGUACUUUUAAAAGAAAAUUUCAAUAGAUGGUACUCUCUCAAAUCGUAUUACUUAGCAAUUACAAUUUCGGAUCUGCCAUUCCAGUGUAUAUUUUGUGUGAUGUACGUCACUAUCGUGUACUUCCUGACAAGCCAGCCGCCGGACAUGAUGCGGUACGGCAUGUUCUUGAGCACCUGUCUGCUAAUUUCCUUCGUGGCGCAAUCAGUGGGUCUCGUAGUCGGCGCUGCAAUGAAUGUUCAGAACGGUGUGUUCUUGGCGCCGGUAAUGUCAGUCCCAUUCCUUCUAUUCUCAGGAUUUUUCGUCAGUUUCGAUGCGAUCCCGGUCUACCUACGAUGGAUCACGUAUCUCAGCUACAUCAGAUACGGUUUCGAAGGAACCGCUUUGACCAUUUACAGCUUCGGUCGAGAGAAAUUAAAGUGUUUCCAGGUAUAUUGCCACUUCAAAAAUCCGGAAACGACAUUGGAGGAAUUGGACAUGCUCGACGCCGAUUUCACCCUCGAUAUUCUUGCUCUUCUUUUGAUAUUCGUCGUGCUGCGAAUCGCCGCGUAUCUCUUCCUUUGUUGGAAGAUCAAGAACGCCCGGUAGACCGCUAAGUAUAAUUCUUGAUAAUGAGAUCAGAUGGUUGCGAAUAGACGGAAUGUGUUAACACAUGUUACGGUCUACCGUAUAAAAACCGUGUAACAACAGUUAAUAGAAACAUUUGCAUAACCAAUAAUCUCAUAUGAUAUUUGAAAACGAUGAUACGAAGAUUUGUGUUCGACUUAUUGCUAUAACAACGAAAUGAGAAAACUUGUGCGAACGGUGGAUUUUCGUGGCAUUUCUCGGUGAGAAUUCUCGCGACGACAACUAUUUCUCCGUUGAAGGAGCACUAGUAUACGUCUCAAAAGUACCGUGAAGUAUAAUUUACUUUUUUAUAAUGCUUUAGGAUUGCUGAAUUGAAUUGUUAUAGGAACAGUACUAAUAUAACUUAUUUUUUAUUUUUAGUUUAACAUACAAAAUGACGGCUAGUAGUUACGAUUGUAACAUAGUUUUCAAGAGUACUAUUCUAUAUAGCAUAUCUACGUAUGUGUAUAUAUAUAUAUAUAUAUAUCUUCCUUUUUUAUUGUGUCAGUAACAUUUUCGUUAGAACGCGAUCAACUACUCGCGUCAGUCUUACAGAGAUCUUUCAUGCGUAAAUCAUUACGCGACGUGACGUUAUACGCGAUUUGACAGAAAA